AAGUUAUCGAGAAAACUACUUCUUACCGCCAAUAAAUUUGAUAAAAAUUUAAGUACAUUAAAUGUAGAUUUCACUGGGAGUUAUAAAAAGAUUCGUAAAAAGAUUUUCAACUUGGGAAAUAAUAACGUGUAUUUUCUUAUAACGAUUCUAAGUGCCAACGUAUUGAAUAUUUCAUAAUUCAGAUCGUAUUUAUUACAAUCUUACAGCUAAUAAGUAGCAAAAACAUGCAUCGUUAGGUACAUAUAUUGAAUAACAAAUUCAAUAAUUUUAUUCGUAUUCUCGAGUCUGUGAGACUACAUUACGUUUGAUAAAUAUAAUUUAAUACAGCGUGAAUAGGGCAGCUACUCGGUUGGUAAUAUUAAUAAGAAAUUUUUUUUGUUAACACAUUAUCAGUAGUUUCGUGGACGGAAUGAAGGAGGAGGGAAGACCUUCGACCCCGUUUCGAAAUUUAUUAAAAUAUACAGUCUAUUCGAUUGUCUUAUGAAACUGAUAAUUCAACCGGCCAUGAUAACAUAAGAAACACGUGCAAAGAAAUGAUCGACAAUAAUAAUUGCGAAUAUACUUGACAUAAUCUUCGGGCGUGCUUCCGCAAACAGUGACGGUCAAGAUGCCCGAUCUAUAGGGUGUCUCAGAACGCGCGGUACGACCGAGUAGAGGGGGUGAAAUUUGUUCAUCAACGCCUUCGUUUAGAAAAUCAAGUUUGAGAAUUUAUUUCAGUAUAUAUUGCGACAUUUCGAAGAAUGGAACUCGAAAUUCGCCUCAUUCGGAAAAGUGAAGUAUAGUUAUAUAGAUGUCACGUUAUUGAAAAAUGACCCGAUGCAUUAUACAAUACAACUGACUAAUUACGGGCAAUCAGUAAAUGAUAUUUUAUCGUUCUCACGUGAAAUAUUUUGGAACUUCGUUGUCGCAGACACUGUUUUUAAAAAUUCACUAAUCGCUACAGUGUGCAGUCAGAAUGAACGUAGCAAUUGUCAGGAAACACUGGAUUUACAUUUCACACGUAAUCGUCUAUCAUUGAUGCGAAAUAAAAACGACACGAAUCUUGUCAAUUUUUUUUAUCAGAAAACGUAUUUAUCAUUUUUGUUAAAGAAUAGACUAAUUUUCUCCGAUAAAGAAAAAUUCAUGAAUAUCAUAUUGAACGAAAUAGUUUUAUUGCAGCGGAUCAAUUUUUAUACAAAGUUCACAGUACAUAUUAACCAAAACAUGUUGUACAAUAAUUAUAUUGCACUUGAUUACGAUUAUAAAUUAUGUCAAGUGCUUGCUAUUGCUCUAACAAACGUAGUGAAACAGAGCUUAAGUGUUAAGUUCAAGGAAAAUUGUUUCUCCAUGUUAAAAGUGGAAAACUCGCACGAGGUUGAAACAGCGAUUAUGAUUAAAUUAAUACGAUUAAUUCAUGGAAAUUAUGUAUUAUAACGUUUCUCAGCGUUAAUUAGACAUCUCAUGAUUGUGGAAUAUUACUAAACUAUAAAUAACUUAUUAUAUCAUAUUACAUACUUCUAAAGUAAUA